GCUUGUUCGAUCGCGGCCUUUCCCUUCCCAAUCGCAACAUACGGACUCUUUCGUUUCGUUCUUACUUUCCCUCCAGAAAGCUGCUUUAUUGAUGAACCGUCCGCCAACAUCCGGGCCUCCCCCUGAAGCACCGCGUCUAAAGAGCACAGGCCUCCCUAAUGACGAGCCUCAAGCCCAACUACCAAGCCAGAAUCAUCCAGGUGUAUCCGGACCUCCGACUGAUUUCAUGGGUGGCCACCCGAUUUUGCCUGAAGACAUGGACAUUCGGGAUCUCCCCUCCAAUCAGCUCUACGAAAUGAACCAGAACCUAAUGGCGGAGAGCGUCUCCACUCGACCUCUGAUCGAUCAGCUCACUCCUAUGGAGGUCCUUCGCGCCGAAUACGAGAACGGAUCAAGAACGUUUGUUAGCCAAAUUGACUACCUCAUGAACAAAGGAUACAGGCAUAUUUGGCGUGCUCGAGGUGACGGCGAUUGCUUCUAUAGAUCUCUGGCCUACGCAUUCGUUCUUAAUAUGCUGGACGCUCCUCAGGCAGAGCGUGAGAUCGUCGUUGCAACCGCUCUGUCCCAGCUACAAUCAUGCAAACCUAUGCUGAGUCAGGCCGGGUUCGAGCCUAUCGCGUACGACAUGUUCUACGAAGCUUUUGAGGCCGUCAUUCAGAGUGUUGUAUCGGCCACCGAGGAAUACGGUCUCCUCACCUCCGACAGCCUUUUACGGAUCUUUCAAGAUGCAAAUAACUCGAAUGAGAUUGUGGCAUUCCUCCGUCUAUUGACAUCGGCGCAGAUUCGCUUGAACCCCGACGAAUAUGCUGCAUUCAUUAUUGAUAUGGAACCUACACAAUUUUGCAACAAUCAUGUAGAGCCUUUGGGCAAAGAGGCUGAUCAUAUCCAAGUCAGCGCCCUCGCCGAUGCUAUGCAGAUUCGCGUUCAGAUUGCUUAUCUGGAUGGUCACAAGGCAAACGAAGUUGACUUUAUCGACGUCGGCAACAAAAACAGCAAAGAACCGUUGCUUCUACUAUAUAGGCCUGGUCAUUAUGAUAUUCUGUCACGCAAGGUCAUGUAAAUGGCAGGACCCUCGAAGCUGGAAACACGACGCAAGUUGAGUGUGUAAGAUACCAAAACGACAUGUAUUAUAUGAGAUCAACGGCG